GGAAGUCGCGGUACCGUGAAUGCAACUGUUGUGUAGGGCUGCCCUCACACUUAAUCUCUCCCGUCUGUGUGUAUGUCAGAGUGUCUCCUUAUUCUGCCGAACUGUGCGUGAUUAUCAACAUUGCCCAAAUCAGAUCAGCAUUUUCUUGGAUAUGUUAACAAACUGCACACCUGUAUCAUCAACUCAACACAACAAUAAACCCAUAUGUAAAGUCGGCAUUAUUGCUGAUGUCCAAUAUGCUGAUCUGGAGGAUCGUUACAAUUUCGCCAAAACACGUUUACGCUUUUAUCGAAAGGCCUUGACCUUGUUACAAAGGGCAGUCACGGACUGGAGAGCUGAAAAGGUCGAUUGUGUCCUUCAACUUGGAGACAUCAUCGAUGGGUUCAACAAAGCUGAGAAUGCCUCUGAUAGUGCCCUCGCAGCAGUUAUUGAAGUGCUUAAAUUGGUUCCGGGUCCGGUAUACCACACAUGGGGGAAUCAUGAACUUUACAAUUUUACACAGGAAGAACUUCUGAAAUCUGCGCUGUUCAGCGGAAACCUCAUUCAAUGUGCAUGCCCAAAAGGAAAAUCUUACUACUCCUUCCAUAUACACCGGAAGUUGAAGGUCUUGGUGCUGAAUUGCUACGAAAUAAGCAUGCUGGGGUUACAGGAAGGGUCUGUAGAGUAUACAGAAGCAGAAACAUUACUGAAAGAAAAAAAUCCAAACAACGAUUUGAACUCGCCACAAGGCUUAACAGGAACAGAACGACGAUUUGUCAAGUUCAAUGGAACCCUGUCUACCUCACAACUUCAGUGGCUGACGGAGAACCUACAGGAGGCCAGAGAUAGUGAAACAAAUAUUAUCAUUAUGGGCCAUUUAUCCGUACACGAGGAAAGUGCAGACAAUGUGUGUUUAUGUUAUGGCUAUGAAGACAUUAUGCAGAUACUGACAGCUCAUAGCGAAUGUGUAAUAUGUUACUUGGCCGGACACGACCACGAGGGCGGAAGUUGUGUUGACAGUUCUGGUAUACUGCACGUGACAUUUCCGGGAACCGUGGAGAGCUCUGAACAAGACGCUUACGCUACAGCCUACCUCUACCAAGAUAGUUUUGUUAUACAAGGCAAAGGGAGUUAUCGUUCCUUCCAAACUAAACUCCGAUACUCUAUUGUGGAUUCUUAAACAACUUACAUUGUAGCUGGACUCCAGUAACAUUCCCGUAUUAAUAUAUUUGCAUUAGUUUUAGAAAAUUACGUUUUUUAUCAUUUAGCUUUCAUUUAAGCAUAAUUUAUUAUAAGUUUUAUAGAAAAUGUCAAAUUUUCUCAAAUGUUCUAUUAUAAUUUGUUAUAAACUAAUUAAAUGUUGUCAUGUUUCAACCACUGCCUUUAAGACAGAUUGUUCCUUAUGUCAAGUAUCUGGUAAAUCACAGACAGUUAGACUUAUUUCUUUAUGGAUUAGUGUACUUUAUUUGUAUUUUAAUUUCAGACGUCGUUUUAGAAAAGUUCAAUAUUUUAUUUUGUUUUAAAUAUAUUAUUACAUAUCUGAGUGUUCAAGUUUUCAUUUCUGAUCUUAAUUUUUUUUUUUUACAGAUUUGGCAGAUAAAGCUGUAUGGGCAUUCUUUAAAUCUUUGGUUAAAUUUUAAAUAGGAUUUUCAAUUAUGAAUUAUUGUUUGAUGAUUAUUUUUCUUGGAACAAGUUGUCUGAAUUUGGUGUUAUGGAGUUAAGAUGUGGAAAUAGAUUUUGAUUUUAAAAAAAAUUAUUUGCUUUGAACUUUACUGGGGCAAAAUAUUUAUCAUUUAUCCACAUUUCAGUGAAAGCAGAGGCGAUUAUAAAAGUGUUCACAAGUUCUUAUACAAGUAAUGAAAUAUUUUGAAAAUAUUUGAUUAAUCUAGACACAACAUAUGCUCUCAUAUCCCAACUUAAAUGAGAAGUUUCUAAUUAUAGCUACUUUUAAUUUAAUGCAUUUAAGUAUAAGUGAAAAUGUUAUAUUAUCAUUUGAAGUUGGGAAUAAUACACAAGAAAAUAUCAUGCUAGAAGGAACUAUUUGUACCAUAGUUGUGAGAAUAUGUGCAUAAUGAUAGUCAUUGGAACUUCAAACUUGGAGUAUUGACUCGGGGUAUUUAUUACAACUGUAUGAACUAUGCAUUCUUGGCAAUGAUUUCAAAUCGUGUGGGGGACUGUAACUAGCCGAAUUGUCUUGUUUUGUUUUAUCCAACUUCCCCGUUUUUAGUUAAAAUUUUAGAUAUACAGUUACAUGUCUGUCCUCAGAAAAAAAAGUUUUAUAUUAGCCAGACCUUGUAAUAAUAUCAGUGAUAGUAAUGUAAGUCAUGGGAAACACAAUGUUGUUUUCCAACAGCUACAGUAUUGAUACUUAUGUAUGGCUGUUUAGUGUUAAAGUAAAGGAAAAUGUGUUUGCUUCUCUUGGAAAUAUCAUGCAAUGUUGAAAGCAACAACAAGUAUUACGAAAUUAGUAUCAUUUGUGAUCCUAGUAAUAAUAGCUCUCAUCUUACCAUAGAUACUUAUAUUACACAUAUCAGGAUCAUGGAUUUUGGGCCAAGUUCCCAUGUCUGUACAUGAAUGAUUUACACCUUAAAUGGUGCAUCAUAUUCUUUAAAUGGCAUACGAUAGCACAUAUUACCUUAUCAUGAUACUGUUGUCUUAAUCCUGUGUCCCUGUGGCCAGGCCAAUGAUACAGGAUGUGUACAAUGGUGAUUAUGAAAAUGCUUGCAUUAUUUUUCCUUAAUGUGAAUGUUCAAGCCAAUGGUACAAUUUUUUUUAAUAUAUGCUUUUACAAACAAGAAUUUGUUUAAAGAAAAUAUGCAGGAAUAAUCUGUGCAUUGAAAGCAUCAAUCAAAUUCAAAUACGUGUUAUUAUGUUUGAAUCUAAUUUGGUUUCGCAAUAAUCACACUUAAAAAGAUUUUCAAAUCUACAAAUGUAUUUGAUUUUGAUGUGGAUAUGAUAAAAUCAGCAUGGGUUAUACACCAUGUAUACAUUGGCAGGCUAAUACGAUAUGUCUUUCAAAUGUUUUGUAAAAAUGUUUUAUCUUAGGAAACUUUAAUUACUGUUGAAUCCUAAGCUUGUUAAAUGAAAAUAAAAAUUGUUUUAAUUUU